AUGAAAUUCAGCGGGCCCAAGAGCGGCCGCAAACGUGACAGGGAUGCUGCCGUGGGCUAUGGGGGGGGAGCGGUGACGCACCCCGCCCCAUCGCCAACGAAUUCGUCGUCCUCCGCUUCGGUGAACAGCAGACCUCAAGGGAGAGGACUCCGCGAGGCGUUUCUGUCAUGGCUGCACAGACUGGUGGCUGGGCGGGGGAGGAAGGUGUCUGCCACAGAGCAGUUGACAAGCCACAACAUCGAACAAUUGAGCGUGUCGUCAGCACAGGAACCCCCCUAUGGUGCCAGGCAGCGCUUCAGCUUGAGGUCCAACAGUGACUCGAUCUGUUCCUACCGGGUUUCCACCCAAUCGAGGGAUUCUGCAGUCUCCAAGUCUUCAACAGACUUCUAUUUCAGAGGCGGGAACAGCCGCCGAGCCGCACUCGACCUCAGUGAUGGUUCCCAGUACCUCAGCGGGGCGGCGCCUGUCAGAGAAGUGCGGAGCAACACAAGCAUCAUCUCUGCGUACACACUCUUCAGAACCACGCACAGAGGAAGCCAUGCGAAGAUCAUGAAGGCUAGGCACAAACGGACACAUGAGCGGGUGGCACUGAAGGUGUACAACAAGGAGCAAAUCGCAGCAAUUCUGUGGCAAAACAUCUCAAAGGAAAUCAGAAUCCUCACGAUGGCGAAUGGGGUUAAUGGCAUCGUCCAGAUGAGUGACUCUUUCGAAGACGACAACCAGGCGGUGGUGGCGCUUGAAGAUUGCAUGGGAGGCACACUUAUAAGCCAGAUGGCCCAGAAGGGUGGCCAGCUCAGUGAGCGGACCUGUGUCAAGACCGUGGUCAAGCCACUUCUGGAAGCAUUGGCCUGGUUCCAUUCUUCCGGAAUUGUCCUGAGGGACCUGAAGCCAGAGCACAUAAUGUUCGACAGCACAGGCAAACUGCGACUGGUUGAUUUCUUCUCUGCAGCCAUCGUCGGGGAAGACUCUUUAGUCAGCAGGGAGGGCACCCUGGCAUACAUGGCACCAGAAAUGGUCAACAGGCCCACACCUGAGGAGGUUUUCAACGAGGUGAUUGGCAACGGCCUUUCUGAAGCCGACUUCCCAGCAUACACAGAGAAGGUGGAUAUCUGGAGCCUGGGGGUCAUCAUAUUCGAAGCUCUGACGGGGCGCCAGCCGUUUCUGGCUGAGACUGCCGAGGACAUGAGGGACAUGCAAGACAAGACUUUGGCUUCCCAUGGCGGGCUGAGGACCUCUCUUGACAGCAUCAAGAUGAGGGAGUACAUGUCACCGUGUGCCCUUGAUUUCUUGACGAGCGUCAUGAGGAUCGAUCCGGACGAGCGGCCUUCUGCAGAAGAGCUCCUGGACCAUCCAUGGGUGAUGUCUGCGUGCAAGGCCCCGACCCCCACCGGCUGGGGACAGGACAGCACCGAGAGUUUUGUAAGCACAACAACAUCGCGACAAUGGGCAGCCAGGGUCAGGUAG